AAAAACCGAUGUCGGCAUUGUGGGAUCAUCGCCUAAUACCACUAAUAAGCGAUUGUGGGUUGCUUUUGGCCAGUGGCUAGGCUUAAAGAGGCAGGAUGCUACUGCUUUUAAUACUCAAAGAAAAAAGGCACGUCUGAUCAUAUCAGCAUGUCAUAAUCCCCAAUCAAUAAGUAAAUUGGUCCAAUUCAAAUAUAUAGCGGAACCAGAGUAUAUUACAGAUCUAAGUGGCCAAACAUUAGUUUACUUAGAACAACUUGAUGACUACAAUGCCAUUAUACUUGCAACCAAUGCUGUAAAUAAUUAUUAUUUCCAUACGUUGGAGCAUCCAUCACAUCGAAGUGACGAAUUUUGGACCAAUUUUAUCGAACAUUUCAGGGCUUAUACCAGAAACAACUUGCUCUCUUUUACAAGCUCCAAUACUGCAAGUACGCAUAACAUUGAUUACUAUGAAUGCAUCAACAAAUUACUUCAAGGUCUCAAGGCAUUAUCGGACUAUAUCAAUGCUAUUAAUUUUAAUACUACUAGUGACUAUCAUUGGGAUGAGCAUGACGAGGCAAAUAGUUUAUAUGUCUUAGUUGCACUAGGGGAUUACGAUGGAGGAGAGUUAUCUUAUAUUAAGGCUGGAAUUAAGAAAGAUGCUAAUAGACUAAUAGUUUCUGAGCAAGAUCUCAAUAAUGCUCAGGGUUUGAACCACCGGACCCAUCUCCCCAAACCGAAAGCAAAACCAAUACAGGUCCCUUCUGCUGUAUCUGAUCGGAGACAAGGAUAUAUAGAUUUAGCACGUGUUUGA